CGUCAACAAUUGACAAGCUGGUGUGUCAAUGACGCGGGUGGACGAGAAGCUCGGCCGCGCGCUGGCUCGCCGUCGUACUGUGGGCACGCUGCGCACGCUGCAGGUGCAGGAUGAGAAUGUUCCUGCCGCCGUCGAUUUUUACUCGAACGACUAUCUGGGCUUCGCACGCUCGCAGCCACUCAAGGAGCUCGUGAAGACGCGUCAGAAAGAGCUACAGAGCCAGCACAUGCACAUGCUGGGGGCCACGGGCUCGCGACUCAUUUCAGGCAACUCACGGUUGUUUAUGGAGACGGAGAAGAAGCUGGCUACUUUCUACAACAGUGAGGCAGCGCUGCUGUUCAAUUCAGGCUACGCUGCCAAUGUGGGCGUCAUGUCUUGUGUACCACAAACCGAGGACGUGAUUCUUUACGACGAACUGGUACACAACUCGUGCCACGAAGGAAUUCGAUUGAGUCGCGCGUACGCGAACGACCGCUCAUUCUCCUUCAGACACAACGAUCUGGAGGAUCUCGAACGUAAACUACAAAACUACUCGUCGUCUUCAAGCGGAGACGAUGCGCACAAACCGUGUGUAUAUGUGGUGGUAGAGUCACUGUACUCUAUGGACGGCGAUUUCGCUCCAUUGGAUGCUAUGGCUUCGCUUUGUGAGAAGAUGGACGCGUUUCUAAUUGUCGACGAGGCUCACAGCACUGGCGUCUACGGUCCUCACGGUUCCGGUGUUGUACGUGAGUUGGCUUUAGAACAAAAGUAUGAGAACGCUAUCGUGUGUCGCGUUCACACAUUCGGCAAGGCCAUGGGCUGCCACGGCGCUGUAGUGUGCGGAUCCCAAGUGCUGAUCGACUAUCUGGUCAACUACGCGCGGUCCUUCAUCUACACGACCGCAUUUCCAUUCGACCAGCUCGUAUCAAUCAUCGCUGUACACGAAUUCUGUGCUAGCCUCGCAGCCCAAAAACUACGCAAUCAUGUCAUCGAACUGGUGCAAUAUUUCAAGGGCAAGAUAAGCCGUUGUCCGAAUAUCCCGCACGAUGCUCUCCUAGCCAGCGAUUCUCCUAUCCAAGGUGUCGUAUUCGAAGGCAACCAUCGUGUAUUGAGGGCUUCCCAGCAGAUGAACGCGAUGGGAAUCCGUGUGAUCCCCAUUCGCUCCCCGACUGUACCGAAGGGUGCGGAGCGGUUCCGUAUCGUGAUCCACGCUGACAACACGCACCACGAAGUGGAUCAACUGGUGAACGCCCUUGGUGCCAUGUUUGAUGCUCGCCGCGAUUCCAAAUUGUAGAGAUCUAGACGAUUUUGAAACGUUUAUUUGUUUUUGCUGAAUUAAAUUUUCUGUUAUCCGAA